CAUAGGAAGGCGCCGGUAGUCCGGGAAGCGACGGAACCUGCACGUGGGCCAUGGAUACACUGCUGAGGCGCAGUCAGCGGCUGGAAGGCCUCAGUCCGCAGUCCUCGGAGAGCCUUCCUGUCCCCGAAGCUUCACGGGCGCGAUGGGCCCUUGUCACGUUGGAGUCGAACCCAGAAGAAACGAGUGAGCCCCGGUCUCCGCUGCAGGUGGAGCCACCGCGCCUAGCGUGUCCCCAACGUCAGCCCGAGACAAGCCCCGGAUCACUCUGUGUGCGCCAGGGUGCAGGCGUGGGGUCCCCCCCGAGGCAGCCCGACCCCCGGUCCCCCCAGCCGAAUGCAGGCUUGGAGUCACCUGCGACGCAGCCGGAGUACUGCCCUCCAUUCCCCCACAGAGCGGAGUCCCCCGAGCCCUCCCCUACACAGGGAGAACCGGACUCGGAGGUGGCCCGGGGUAAGGAGGAGCUGACCUCAACAUCCCCCGAGUAUCAGCUGCAGCCGGGCCCAGGAUCCCCGAAGCCUUGCCCCGGCCUGCAAGCGUCGGGUCCCGAGCCCUCGCGGCCCGCACAGGAGCUGACCUCCCGGGCACCCGGCUCCCCGCAGCGUCCGCCGGAGCCGACCAAGCCACCACUGGCUGGCAAAACGGCGACAAGCGACCUUAGCGUAAAGAAGGGAGAUGCAUCUUCGCCCCAGACCCCAGCAUCCAAGAAAAGGAAGAAGGCGCCGGAGGGGCUUCCUGUCAUCCCGAAGGGGAAGCCCAAAUCCGGGCGUGUGUGGAAAGACCGCUCCAAGAAGAGGUUCUCCCAGAUGGUUCAGGAUAAGCCUCUGCGCACCUCCUGGCAGCGGAAGAUGAAGGAACGACAGGAGAAGAAACUAGCCAAGGACUUUGCCCGGCACCUGGAGGAGGAGAAACAGAGGCGCCGUCAGGAGAAGAAGGAGCGCCGGGCUGAGAACCUGAGACGCCGCCUGGAGAAUGAACGCAAGGCUGAGAUUGUCCAAGUGAUCCGAAACCCUGCCAAGCUCAAACGGGCAAAGAAGAAGCAGCUGCGGGCCAUUGAGAAGAGGGACACCUUGUCCCUGCUCCAGAAGCAGCCUCCACAGCGGCCAGCAGCCAAGGUCUGAGCUCAGAGCAGCCAGAGGCCUCCACAGCCAAGAACCAUGGCAGACAAGGCAUCUUUCAAGCCACUGUCAGAUGCUUCUGCAGGGCCAGCACACCAGCUCUUGCUUCAAAACAGGGACCCCAGUCCAUAGGGGGCCUAGGACCUGACAGAGACUAGGGGAAGGGGAAAUUAAAUUCUUCCCUGUCCUUCCCCAUCUCCAAGUGCCUUCAGACCUUGAGCAGUGACUUGACCCUCCACGAGCUGGUAACUCCUACAGAUGUGUAGUUCUGUGUCAGGCCAUGAGUCUACCCUACAUCUGGAGGCCAGCAGUCAGUAACCAGCUCUCCCACUUGCCUAGAGGCCACUGUGGCCACUUAUGUAUGCCCCCUGCUAAUCCUGUCACACAGCAGACUGAACUAGCCACUCCCCACCCCAGCACUGGAAGAUUAAAGUGGGGAGGUUGCCAGAGACUGGGUUUCACUCCGGCACCCCUUUCCCAUAGCAGACUGCAGAAACCUCAGGAUCUGACCAGCCAUGCCCAUCCACUAUACAGCAGAAAUAUUUAUUGAAUGCCUGUGUGCACAGGUACAGCUGUAGGUACCAGGGAAGACAGAGCAUCAUGCCCCCAUUGGGCUUUCAUUCUUGUAAUAAACAAGCAAAACACA